AUGAGAGAGAGGCGGCAACAAGUGGAGGGGAAAGGUGGUUCAACUCAAACUGCCGCUACCACUCCUCUGGUGCUUGCAGCAGACUGGAUGCACGGAGAGCGGCACAGGGGUGGCAGGAGGGAGAGGACGGAUAGGCAUGGCGAGAGAGGGACGCGGAGAGGUGAGGAAGGGGAGGGAGGGGAGGGAGGGGCGGGAGGGGCGGGAGGGGCGGGAGGGGAAGCCUGGGAGGAAGGGGAGGGAGGGGAGGAAGGGGAGGGAGCGGACGAGGGGAGGAGACAAAGAGUGAAAAGAAACGUUCAGCACCCGACUUGA